ACAACAGGAACAACCUUCCAAAGUGUGUUGCAGGGCCGAAAGCCUGCGAGGAGGGAAUAUUCGCCAAGUCCCCUCCCUCCAUAGAGUACCCUCGGGUUGAAGCAGGGAGACCACAGAGGGUUAGCCGCCUGCUGGAGCCACCCGAGCCGCGUUCCCUGCGCGCAUGCGCCCUGCCACCCGGCCGUUCGCUGCCUAACGUCCAGCACGCGCCCUUGUAGACACAAGCAGUCAAGGUCUCCGACAGACACAGCAGCAGUGAUUUUGAACCCGGUCCUCAUCGCGGAGCCCAGGCAGGUUGUGCCCCUCGCGGGCUCCUACGCGUCCCUCCAGGCUCCGUCUCUUCUAGAUCAGCUGGUCCCACCGGUCCCCACAGCCCGGCCCGUUGAGGCCCCUGCCCCUGCCCACCGCGCUGGUCAUCAUGAGCUGGGUGCCGCCGCCCGGGGCCUGGCUGGCACUGCGGGUGUGCUCGGUGGACUCGCGCCCGGACGCGGUGCCGGUGGUGCUGCGGGCGCUGCCCAGCGUCCCCGAAGCGGGAGGCGAGGCGCUGUGCUGCGUGCUGGCCGGCCUGGUGCCUGCGGGCUGCGGCUCAGGGGAGCUGCCGCGCUGGAGGCCAGACGCCGUGCGCUUCCUGAGCGCUCUGCGGGGCCGCGACCUGCGCGGGCAGGUGGCAGAGGUGCUGCCCUCGCCGCGGCUCCUGGUGCUGCUGAACGUGCCCACCAUGGCGCGCCGCAUGCAGGACCUAGGCCUGGCGAGCCGAGUACCCGAAGGCCUCUUCCGCUCUCUGCUGGAGAGCUAUCUGCUGAGCCACGCGCCCGAGCCGCUGGGCGCCGAUUACUUCUACCCGCAGCUGCAGAGCGGCGUCACGGAGCCCGUGGUAGUCACUCACGUGUGCUAUCCGCUGCGCGUGCACUGCCAGCUCCGGGAGCUGGCUCAGGAGAUUCGCCUGCUGUCGGACAGCAUGGCGCAGGCCUACAGUGGCGCCCCAGGGACGGCUGACCACGCCUGGCCGGGAGCCCUUGACGAUAGCCCAGACGACAGCUCGGACGAGAGUCCCGACAAGCCGGGUGCGCCGUGCGCGGCCUGCGGGCCCGAUGGGCGAUGGCACCGCGCGCUGCUGCUGGCCACACCGCAGACGCGGCGCGGCGCGCAGGUACUGCUUGUGGAUCUGGGGCGUCAGGAGCUAGCAAGCCGCGCCCGCCUGCGCCCCCUGCUGCCUGAGUACUUCCGCAUGCCCGUGGUCACCUACCCGUGCGCCCUCCUCGGGCUCUGGGACGGUGGCCGCGGCUGGUCCCGCGCGCAGGUCCGCAAACUACGUGCGCUGCUGCUGGGCCGCGCGCUGAAUGCCAAGAUUGAGUUCUACUGCGCCUUCGAGCACGUGUACUAUGUUACCCUGUACGGCCACGACGGCAUCAACCUCAACCGCUUGUUCGGGACGCAGACGUGCUGCUUGGCGGAAAAGUUCCUCCAGAGCUCAGGAGGGGAAGAGGAGGAAGAGGAGGGAGAAGAGGUGGAUGGAGAGGAGGAGGAGGAGGACCCAGGAGGGCAGGCUGGGGACACAGAUGCCGCCCUCACGGGCUUAAGGUCCAUCAGGCUGAAGCCCAGCGCCUUCUACGACGCCCAGGUGGAGUUUGUCGCCAGCCCCUCCGAGUUCUGGAUCCGCCUGAAGAAACACCACGGCCCCUUCAGCAGGCUGGCGAGGAGGAUGUGCAGUUUCUACUCCUUGGCCAGCAAGCGAGAGGGCGUCAUCCUGAAACCGGAACGGGAAGAUCUCUGCUGCGUCAAAUGGAAAGAUAAUGGCUAUUACCGGGCCAUCGUCACCAAACUGGGUGACAGGAGUGUGGAGGUCUUCCUGGCCGACCGCGGCAACACAGAGCAAGUGGACUGGGGUGAUCUAAGGAUGCUGCUCCCCCAGUUCAGGCGGCUGCCUGCGCUGGCCCUGAGGUGCACCCUUGCCGAUGUGUGGCCUUUGGGGACAGCCUGGAGCCAGGAGGCAGUCUCCUUCUUCAAAAGGACUGUACUCCACAAAGAGUUGGUCAUCCACACCCUCGAUAAGCGGGCGCAGCAGUAUGUCAUAGAGAUACUGGAUGAGUCAAGAACCGGGGAGGAGAACAUUGGGAAGGUGAUUGCUCAAGCCGGCUAUGCCAAGUAUCAGGAGUUUGAACCCACAGAAGGCAUGGCAGCCCAUGCCCACUCACUGGGGCACAGUUCAAACCAUUUCAUUGCUGAGAAUGACAAAGUAUCUUCUGCUAUGAAAGUAGAAGAACAGAUAUCGGAGAGAGAUAAAGCUCAAUCUGUUUCAGAAGCUUUGGUUCACACAGCUAUUGUUACAAAUAUUUCAACUGGAGGAGUUGGGCAGGAAAAAGAGAAUGUAGCAUCUGUUUUUUCUUCUCUUACACCACUGGAUUUCUUGACAAUGAAGCCGGGCUCCUCUUCUAAAGAGCUAGAGGUUGGAAGCACAGUAAAGGUCAAAGUGUUUCAUGUUGAAAACCCUGGUGAUUUCUGGUGUCAGCUGGCCAGGAACCCACAAGAAUUUAGAGCCCUAAUGUGUGACAUUGAGGACUACUGCAAAACCACAGCAGCCCCUUAUCAGGGGGCCUCCCCUGCUUGUUUGGCAAAGCGGGCAGCCAGUGGAAAGUGGUCCAGAGCCCUGGUGACAGGCGCACUGUCCUCGGAGCGAGUCAGAGUACACUUUGUAGAUUAUGGAGACACAGGUGUGGUCUCCGUGAAGGACAUUUAUUCAGCUAGUGAUGAGUUUCUCAAGGUUACAGCUCUGGCUUUCAGGUGCAGUCUUUAUAACUUAAUUCAACCAACUGGUGAAAAUCCUUUUGUUUGGGACGAAAAGGCAACACAAGUGUUUACUGAGUUUGUACAUAAUGCAGUGCAAAACUGUCUAGAAUUAAAUUGCAUGAUAUGUGCCGUGGUCUCGGUACACAAUGAACAGUUUAACGUUGUGGAUUUACUGACACCUUUUCAGAGCGCAUGCCAUGUGUUGGUGGAAAAGAGACUGGCAAGACCAGUAAAACCUCAGAAACCUCUGGAGUCUUCUGUUCAGCUGCAUUCCUACUACUACUCUGCACAUGACAUAAAAAUUGGAAGUGAAGAAUCGGUGUAUAUAACGCAUGUUGAUGACCCUUGCACAUUUUAUUGCCAGCUGGCAAAAAAUGUGGAUAUUUUUAAACACUUGUCAUGUCAUAUAUCACAAUUAAUUAAAGUUUUACCCAGUGUACAAACAUCGCCCUUGACUCCUGGAAGCUUGUGCCUUGCCAAAUAUACGGACGGCAACUGGUACCGUGGACUAGUCAUUGAACAAGAGCCUACUAAAGUCUUCUUUGUUGAUUUUGGGAAUGUUUAUGUGACAAGUGAUAAUCUGCUUCCGAUACCUCAUGAUGCAUAUGAGGUUUUACUUUUGCCUAUGCAGGCUGUGAAAUGUUCAUUAUCUGAUAUUCCUGAUCAAAUGCCGGAAGAAGCUACAACAUGGUUUCAGGAGACUGUUUUAGAUAAGUCAAUGAAGGCCUUGGUCGUAGCAAAAGAUCCAAAUGGAAGACUGAUUAUAGAGCUAUAUGAUGACUGUAGUCAAAUCAAUGCUAAUAUUAAUGAGAAGUUAGGGUUACUUGAUUACAAAACUACAAGAGGCAAAGAGAAAGAAAGUGAAACAUUCCUGUCCACAACUGAAACUCUCAAAGAAAAUAAUGAAAAUGUGCAGUUUUCACCUAUGGAGCAUUUAAGUAAAUCAGCAGAGAACCAAUCACACACUUUAGAGAUUUUGGGAGAAUCAUUCAAGCCUAAGAUCGGCUCACCAGGGAAUAAGCUCAAACAUUUACAAAAUUCAACAGUGACUAACUCUGUCGCUCACCAUCAGGGCUCUAUGGAAAACAAAAAUAAUCAAGUGUUUUUACCUACAAGAGAAAAGAAAGAAGACAUUUUUGAUGACCCACCUUUGAAAGCCACAAAACUGGAAGCCACCCUUGCAGCAAAAAUAGGAGAUUCACAUAAUGAAGAUCUGCCUCUAAAAUUCUAUGCUUUCCCACAGAAGACUUUAAGGCCUGGCUUUAAAACAACUGUGUAUGUUUCACAUAUUAAUGACCUUUCUGACUUUUAUGUUCAGCUAACAGAAGAUGAAGCUGAAAUUAACCAUCUUUCAGAGAAAUUAAAUGAUGUGAAAACAAGACCCCAGCACUAUGCAGGUCCUUUGCAAAAGGGAGACGUAAUAUGUGCCAUUUUCUCAGAAGAUAGUUUAUGGUAUCGUGCUGUGGUCAAGGAGCAACAACCCGGCAGUCUUCUCUCUGUGCAGUUUAUUGAUUAUGGUAACGUUGAUGUGAUCCACACUGACAACAUCGGUAGGCUUGACCUCGUGAAUGCACGGGUACCACAACUGUGCAUUCAUUGCUCUCUAAGGGGACUUUGGGUUCCAGACAUUGUCAAAUGCAAGGAAGUGAUGCAUUACUUCUCCCAAAGGACAGACGAGGCUCAGAUAAGAUGUGAAUUUGUUAAAUUUCAAGAGAAAUGGGAAGUUAUUCUUGCUGAUGAACACGGGAUCAUAGCAGAAGAUAUGAUUAGCAGAUACACUUUCAGAAGAGAACCUCAAAUAUGUCCUUCUACCCAAAUAAUUAAAGGUGACUAUGCCAAGUCUGCUAACAAAUCAGAUAUUGACACUACAGUGUUGCUUAAUUGGCACAAACCCCAAAUGAAGACGGUAAGAGCUUAUGCCAUGGUAGUAGAUGGGCCUGAGUAUUUCUGGUGUCAGUUUGCUGAUACAGAGAAACUUGAGUAUUUAGAAGUUGGAGUACAAACUGCUACAAAGCAGACAAUACAUUGGAGAGAUAGUGUCCGAUGUCCUCACGUUGGAGAGCCUUGUCUGGUAAAAUAUAGAGAAGAUGGACAUUAUUAUAGAGCACUCAUCACUAAUAUUCAUGAAGAUCAUCUUUUAUCUGUCAGGCUAAUAGACUUUGGGAAUGUUGAAGACUGUGUGGACCCAAAAACAGUCUUGAAUAUUCCACCUGAGCUCUUAUCCAUUCCCAUGCAAGCCUUUCCGUGUUGCCUCUCAGGAUUUAAUAUUUCAGAAGGUUCCUGUCCUCAACAGGGAAAUGAUUACUUUUAUGAAAUAGUAACAGAAGAUGUGUUGGAAAUAACAAUAUUAGAAAUCAAAAGGGAUGUUUGUGAUGUCCCUUUAGCAAUUGUUGACUUGAGAAGCAAAGGUGAAAGUAUUAAUGAGAAAAUGAAGAAAUACUCGAAGAUUAGCACUGCUAAGAUGUUUCUGCCUUAUGAGAAAGAUGGGUCAGAGAUCAAGGGAGGCUUUGGGCACCCUCAACCUGAUGUUGGAUUUAAGAAACCAAGUUAUAAAGUUGUCCAAGAUAAAGCCUUGUGUGUGGAAAGACAAGCAGAAGAGCACUCUGAAAGGAUUCCAAAAUAUUUAAACAUUGUGGAAACCAAACCAAGUAGAUUCUGUGACCCUGGAACUGAUAACAUUUUUGAGGCGUUUGAAAACCCUUAUGAAGGUGGAACUGGUUCUGUCCUAGAAAGUACCAAAGAGUGCUAUUUGGGUGACCAGGCAGUGUUUGAUGAUGCAUUCCUGAUUACAGAAUUUAGCACAUUAUUGCCACAUGCUGGUGAAAUGGCAGAGAGCUUAGAACUGAAUUCCUUUGAGGUUCCACUUUCCCCUGAUGAAGACUUGAAAGAAUUCUUAGAAGUAGAAUCCCUUCAGUUACAACAUUCUCCAGUCAGGGAAGAACACAAGGAGGAUCUAAGCCUGGAGCCACCAAUGACGCCUCUCUCUGGAGGCCGUGACACCAAAGCCACCCUGGGGCCAUUUCCACUCCGGCUUCCCCACAGCUGUGAGUCUGAGACACAUCCAGUGGUGGAACUUCCUGCAGCCCCACUGUCUCCUGAGGAUAUCGUGGGUCCCUCACCUGUGCUGGUUGAUGAGAAAGCCCAAAAGUCUGAGUGUACUGAGGGCGCAAGAGAGGCAGGUUGUGGGGACCCUGUUGAUAACCACCUCAGGGUGCCACUGCAUCUCCAUGGGGAGACCUGUGACCCUGCAGUACAUACAGAAAUGAGUCUGUUUGAAGAAAAACUCCAAGAAUAUAAAAACAGGGAUGCCAUUUCAUCCUUGAUACCUUCGCUCCCUGAAGAAGAGCUCAGAGAUGGAAGGAAACAAAAUCAUGCUUCACCAGACAAUGGCUUAGCUUCUCAACAGCAGAAUACUUACACUCUGGAAGGAUUUACUGUUGGAUCCAAAUGUGUCGUGUGGUCAAGUCUAAGAAACACAUGGUCUAAAUGUGAGAUUUUGGAAAUAGCUGAACAAGGCACAAAGGUUCUGAACCUUUCGAAUGGCACGGAGGAGCUGGUGAACCCCAAGGAUGUCUGGAACGGCAUUCCCAAGUUGGAAAAGAGUCCAUCAGAGGCACUGUGUGACUGAGCUUGUGUCUGGAGCAAAGCGGAUGACAGAAAAGAGAGAAAAUAGGAAUUCCCUCCCCGUCCUGUGCAGACAGCAGAAGCCCCACCCACCUGCUUCCUCUGGCCAGAGAUGGAUUCUCCCGGGACUUCAGGCCCUGCGCUGCCACUGCUGCCAGUGGGCAGAACCUGAGCUGCUGCCCUAGAAGACAAGAAUGAAGAGGAACAACAAACUCACAACACAAUAGAGGGCGUUCCCAUCCACUUUCUAUUUUCUAACCUGCAGAAACCCUCUGUCCUAACUUUUGAGUAAUGAUAGGGGAUUCUAUCACAGUGUUGCUGUCCACCCUGCUGAGCAGUUUCAACUUGGGAUCAAAGCCAGAGGACAAAGUGGUGGAGGAGCAAGAGGAAGAGGAAAGAGGAGGAAGGAAGGAAGGGAGGAAGGAAGGAAGGAAGGAAGGAAAAGGAAGAGGAAGGAGAGAGGAAGAAGGAGAAAAAAAGAUGAGGCAGAGGAAGGAAGAGAGAGAGGAGGGAAGAAGGAGAAAAGAGGAAGCAGGAGGAGAAGAGACUCACCCCUAUUGUGAGCCAUUGUGCAUGUUUUUUCUUUAGCUGUCAAACUGCCUGCUCCUGUUUGCUUUCGAGAAUUCUCAGGUGUCAUUUUCAGUGAUCUGUCCAGAACUUCAGGUAUAAGCAGUGGGAAAGAGGGGCUCUUUAGUAAGCUGGCUCCAUCUUGGCUACUAUCAGAGGCCACACACAGUAUUUGAUGGCAUUCAUGGGCCACCAACCUCUAUAAACGAUUUCCUGUUACAGUUGGGGGUUUAGAUUCCGAUCCCUUGACAAUGUGCACAUUAAAAACCACUGAGUCUUGCUUCACCUCCUUGUGUUAAUUCCGCUUUUGUUUACUUGCCAAAAAUAACAGCUUGUUACACUUUUAUUGAAUCUCAUUUACUAAAACUUUCUUUUACAUCCCAAUAACCUCUAUCCAUUAAUUUUGAAAACGCUACAGCCAAAUACACACACACACACACACACACACACAUACACAGUGACACACACACAGAGAAGUCUUUAGUUGAAUAAAAUACCUUAGAUCUGCCAAAAAGAAAAGAAUAAUUCAGGACUAUUCAAAAUAGACACAAACAUAUACAUAAAAUUACCUCUGUCUUUAAGCCAAUUAUCAGAUACAUAGAAACUAUGAAUAAAGCUUUCGUAUAUUUGAUUUAGUUAUUCAUGGGAUUUAAAUGAUCCUUUCCUCAAAAAUUGAGGGAGCUCUUCUCUGAGUAUAUCCAUCUACAAAUGAGCUAGUUUUUCUUAAAAGUGAAUACUAUGAAGUAUUAAAUUAUGCACAAGUCCUUAUGGUCUGAGUGUCUUUCUGAUUAUAUUUUUUUAAGAGUUUUAAAAUCUGAAAAUGUUUCAUUCAUUAGGUUCCCUGUCACACCAAGCAUGCACACCACGCUGUGAGUUAGGGGGAGGAAGGUGGGAGGAGUCUGUUGCUCCAGGGUAAGCCUUGGAUGAAUCACCCGGCUCCCCUGGGACAGGGUAUUUGUCUGUUCUUGGACAGGGAUGUCCCUCUUUCCCCCACCCAACACCCAGCUCCAAGGAGAAGUGAAGAUGUGAAGAAUAGAAAAUACACUCAAUGGGCCGGGGAUUUAGCUCAGUGGUUUCGCCGCCUGCUGCGCAAGCGCAAGGACCCGAGUUCGAUCCCCGGUACCAAAAAAAAAAAGAAAAUACACUCGGUGACUCUUCACUGUAAAACCACUGUCCAAUUUCAAUAGGAAUACUUCUUGUAGUGUAUCUUUUAUCUGGCUUACCUAUGGUCACCUCUCUGAUUUAAACUACUCUGUACUUGUAAUUUUUAAAACAGCAGUAAUCUA